AUGAAGGACUUCCCUUCCUGUUUUGGAGAAAAUGCAGUUCAGGUUGCAGAUUCUUCAUCUUCACACGCCAGUAAAACUGCACAGAAUCUGGUUAUUUGCGUUUACCAAUGCCGGAUAAGAGGUAGGUCCUGCUUGAUUACCAUCACGUGGAGUAAGGGUUUGAUGGGGCAAGGGCUUAGCGUUGGGAUCGAUGAUUCUUCAAAUCAGUGUCUGUGUAAGGUAGAUAUCAAACCAUGGGUGUUCUCCAAGAGAAGGGGUUGUAAGAGUUUAGAGGCUUAUUCUUGUAAGAUUGAUGUGUACUGGGACCUUUCUUCUGCUAGAUUUGGUGUUGGGCCUGAACCAUUGGAGGGGUUUUAUGUAGGAGUAGUUGUAGAUCGACAAAUGGUUCUCCUACUUGGAGAUUUGAGGAAAGAGGCUUUCAAGAAGUCCAAUGCUGUCCCAUUACACUCUAAUAAUGCAGUGUUUGUUGCCAAGAAAGAACAUGUUUUUGGUAAGAAGUUGUUUGGUAACAAGGCCGUGUUUUGUGACAAUGGUCAAGUUCACGAUCUUGUCAUUGAAUGUGACACUUCCAAUGUGAGUGAUCCAUGCCUUAUAAUUCGCAUAGACAGCAAAACUGUGAUGCAGGUGAAGAGGCUGAAGUGGAAGUUCAGGGGAAAUCAUACCAUCCUGGUGGAUGGCCUUGCAGUGGAAGUUUUCUGGGAUGUCUAUAAUUGGCUCUUUGGUACAUCUCUUGGAAAUGUUGUCUUUAUGUUCAGAACAUGCCUCUCUGAAGAAAAAUUGUGGGCUGAUCAACCCCUUUCUGAUGCAAAUGCAUUGCAGUGGUCUUUCUCUCAGAGGUUUUCUGACACCAAAUUCCAUGGUCUUGGUUUCUCGCACAUUUUGUAUGCUUGGAAGAACGAGUAG